AUGCUUUUAAUCAAUUUUGUCUCACAUUCAGUAUAUGAUUACAUAAGCGAAGCAAAAACAUACAUUUCUGCUAUAAAAAUUUUGGAAGAAUUGUAUAUUAAACCUACAAAUGAGAUUUACGCAAGACAUAUUUUAGCUACAAGAAAACAACAAAUAAACGAAUCUAUAGAUCAGUAUGCUCAACAGUUAAAGCUUUUGGCUAAAAAUUGUAAUUUUAAAGCAGUUUCUUCAGAAGAAAAUAAAAAUGACUAUAUUCGUGAUGCUUUUAUUAAUGGUCUCGUUCAAUCUAAUAUACGUCAAAGAUUACUAGAGUUUAGUUCUUUAUCUUUGGACGAAGCAUUAUCUAAAUCUAGAUCUUUAGAAGAUUCUCAAAAACAAUCUGAUACAUAUCAUGCAGCAUUAAAUAAUAUAGCAUCUUGUAGUCAUCCAAAUUCAGAACAAACUACUUUAGCUUCUGUUCAAACAAAACCUGGUCAGACUUGUUAUUUUUGUGGACAUCCUCGAUCUGUAUGUCCAGCAAGGGCUGCGAUUUGCCAAAACUGUCAUAAAAUUGGACAUUGGUUUAAAAUGUGCAUGCAAUCAAAGAAAAGUCAAACGAGAUCAACUUAUGCAUCUACAAUGGUAAUCGCUUCUUCAAUGGAAACACCUCAAUCGCUUUCAAAAUGUAUAGCCAAAGUAACAGUUAACCAAAUUGAUGCCAACGCUUUAAUAGACACUGGAAGCUCAGAUACUUUUUUAGAUCAUGAAUUCGCUAUUGAAAAUAAGCUUAAAAUUUUCCCAAUACAAGGGGUCCAAGUUUCUAUGGCAUCUAUGUCAUUCUCAGCUAAUAUUCAAGGCUACUGUUUAAUAAACAUUCAGUCCCUACAAGGAAGAACGGCAACUACAUUUACAGUUAAAGACAAAAUAUCGUCUCUUAAAAACAAAAUUUGGUUAUGGAUAAAAUGUGUGGAACAUAAAAAUGACCAAUGUUUUACUCCUUCAAAUAACUUCCUGGAAGAGAAUGAGUUAGAAGUAACCUCAGAUAUGGAGAAAACAUAA